AUUAUGGCGAAUUUAAAUUUUCAACAACCCCCGAGAAGCAUAGCAAACGCAGCUUUAACGGGCCGAACAACAGGCGGCUUUGGUGGUAGCUCUAUGUCUGGUCAUGUAACACCUACGUCCGGCAUGUUUCAAACCGAUUUCGCCACCUCCUAUCCAGGCGCCACGAAUUACGGUCAACAAACACAACAACCGCAACAGUUAUCGCCAAAUCGUAAUGCGCAGUUAUCGGUCGGCGGUCCCGCCUUAUCGAGUGGCAAUCGAACUUCGAAUCUGUUUGGCCAGCGGCCGUUCGUGGAGCGUCGUGCCAUGCAGGGUUUGGGCAGCGGGCCCAUGUCGAACAUGGGCAACUUUAUGCAGUCCACCCGCGGCGGCUAUGGAACAGGUGGCGGGGGCGGUGGGGGUGGUCCUUUAAAUAACUUUCACGUGUUCGGUGGUGGUGGCAGUGGGGCUGACGCAUCAACGCCAGCGCUGCUCGAUCCAACAGAGUUUCCAUCCCUAACGAAUGCACGCGGUCAGAAUGAUCAAACACUGCCCCAAUCGAAUCCCCUCCAGCCGCCGGGCAGCAAACCCUACGUCGGCAUGGUGAAACAACCGACGUCGGAGCAGUCGGAAUUUACGAUGUCUAACGAAGACUUUCCAGCGUUACCGGGCACCCAGAAUUCGGAUGGCACAACGAACGCGAUAGGCAGCAGCAGCGGUGGCAUUGGAAACGCGGCUGGUGGCGGCGGCAUUGGUGGCAGUGGCAUUGCAGAGAACAAUCUCGAUGGCACGGAAAAGACGAUGAAUUCCAUUGUGGUCAGCGGCGGAGGUUCAAGUGCCGCUAGUGCAGUUGUUGGGGGCAAUGGGCUUGGUGCCGUUGGCAGUGGACUUGGCGGUGUUGUUGUUGGAGGUGGCGGCGGCAGUAGUGGAGCAAGUGGAGUUGGUAGCGCUACGCAUGUAGGGCUAGUUGGCUCUGGCGGAGGCGGCGGUGGUGUCAAUAGCGUCACCGGGCAAAAUGCUAUGAUGGGCGUUGGCGGAGGACUUGGCAGCGGAGCUGGCGGCGACCAUAUGAACGAUAAUUCCAGCAAUGAUAAGCUUGUGAAAAGCGGCGUACAAACAUCGCCAGAUGGCAAGGUCACAAAUAUACCAGCGAGCAUGGUCAACAAUCAGUUUGGCAUGGUAGGUCUGCUGACAUUCAUAAGAGCAGCCGAAACGGAUCCCAAUCUGGUGACAUUAUCGUUGGGCACGGACUUAACGGGCCUGGGACUAAAUCUAAAUUCACAAGAGAGUUUGCAUCCAACAUUCGCUGGACCGUUCGUGGAACAGCCCUGCAGAGCACAAGACGUUGAAUACAACGUGCCACCCGAAUAUCUGAUCAAUUUUGCGAUUAGAGAUAAGCUCACAGCGCCGGCAUUAAAAGUGCUGCAAGAAGAUCUGCUCUUUUUCCUCUUCUAUACAAACAUCGGCGAUAAAAUGCAAUUAAUGGCAGCUUCUGAAUUGCAUAGUCGCGAAUGGCGAUAUCAUGUGGAGGAGAAGAUUUGGAUAACUCGAAUUCCUGGCAUUAAUCAAUAUGAAAAAAAUGGUACAAAAGAGCGUGGCACCUUCUAUUACUUUGAUGCGCAAAGUUGGAAACGUUUGUCCAAGGUUUUCCAAAUAGAUGCCGAGAAAUUAGAUAAAUGUCCCAAUGUAAGUGCGUUUAUGAAUGGAAAGUCUGUAUAAUAAUAAUAAAAAACGAAAAAAUUUAAAAAGUAAAACAAAA